AUGGAAGAGGACGAAAACUUUGGUUUUGGCUCUAUGAGCAUGAGUUCAAGCGAUUUUCAAAAUCUCUCGAGCGAUCAAGAGAGAAUAAACAGUCUCAAUGAGUUGUGUACUUUCUUGUGUAUCGGAUUGGAGGAUUUUAUUUCUGGUUUUGAUGUAUAUGGAUGGUCGAGCGUGUUAACUCCGAUUUUACAGGAUAGACUUUCCGAAGUGAAACGAAUUGAGCAAGAGGUCAACAGUGGAAAUCUCGAGGAUGUCUCAUCAUUGCAAGGAAAAUGGAACGACUCGAGAGAAAUCAUCACUUUAAUUUUGAGAGCACUCGGUUCAAUUCUAGACAUGGUGCCCCGAAGUUGUCCAACUGUGUUGAGUUAUAAUCCCAUACCGGUCAUGUUAGAUUUGUUACAAAUAUUUUCUGACAAUCAAGAAUCCAAAGUUGACAACAUUUACAAUAGUAGUGCUGAUAGUUCAUCAUUACUGGAAGCUUCGGAUCAAACAAGUCGUCAUGACGAUGCGAGACCACUCUCGAAAGAAUUAUUCGGAAAUUUAGUCAACGAAGGCAUGCUGGAGGAAAUUCUAAAAUGUUUUGACAAGAUCAGUAUUGAAGAACCAACAGCAUUGUUGAAUGCACAAACGAAUAGUGACAAUACAGAUGAUCAGAGUGGCAGCAACAACACAAAAUCCUCGAGCUCAAUCAAAAAAUCAUCAUCAUCACCAACGAAAAAUGUCGGAUUUUUGAGUGUUUUACUUGGAUGUUUGGAUAGCCCUCAAAUGGGAGUUAGGAUCAAACUUUCUGCUCUAAAAACUAUUUGCAACUUGUUUAGAAAGAUGCAUGUGAAGGAAGACUUUCCAAUUUUCAUCGAACAAGCAGGUGCUUUGGAUGCAUUGAUCAGACAAAUCCGAAAUAUUUCUGGACAUGCAACCCUUUCCAAUGCAAGUGGCGAUAUUAACAGUAUACGUCAAUCUCUAGAAAUGUUUGAAAUUAUUUGUCAUUGCUUUGCCUAUAUACUUGAACGAAGUAGAUUCCAGAAAGGAAAAUUAUCAGAUAGCUCUGAGAAGAAACCAACGAAACGAAAAUCAUCGACAAAGUCUGGAACAGCAACUUGUUCAUCAAUGGGCACAUCUGAGAGUAUUAUGGAACAAGUUGCAAGAAGAGUCGCAAACAUAUCCAUGCUUUCUAACAUGGUUGAGAAAUUGAAUGAUGCCUCUAACAUUGUCUCUCUUUCAUCAUGUAAAAUUUCUCAGUACAUUUUGAAUACUCUUUCCCUAUAUUGUGAUGCAUCUCCAGAAGUCAUCAAUCAUCUACUCAACCCUUCAGUACCAACCACUAAUGCCACUCCUUUGGCGAAAACUUUCAUGUCAAUUCUUAGAAAGUGGAUUGAUCCUCAACAGCAAGAAUUGAUGUUCUCUACCCAUGAAAAAUCGAGCCAUGAUUUUUCCUUAUUACAGGAUUGUAUUUUGCAUUUACUCAACAAUUUAUUUCCUGAAGUGGAAGAUGAUGAAUGUGGUGGUACAAUUCCCAUCUAUAUUUACGGAAAUAGCAAGUAUUACUGGGAAGACGAUUACCAUAAUAUGAAUGAAUAUGAUGAGAAUGCCAAUGUUGAAUUAGAAAAACAUUACCGUUCAGGAAAUGUAGAAACUCCUUUCAAUUUAAUGGUCCUUGGAAGAAGCUAUAGAAUUGAUCUCAUGGAAAUGAAACAACAAGGUGGAGUCACAAGAAAUAUGAAGAGAAAUCCUCUACCGUUCUCAUUCUCGAGAGAAAUUUGUAUUGAAAUAAGAGAAGAGCCAACCAAGCAAUCUCCAAACACUCCUCCCUCAUCGAGUGAAGAGAGUACAGAAUCAAACAAGGGUUUCUUUAAGAGAUUUUUCAAGAAACAAAAAACAAGCAGCAGCUCUUCUCAACAUGAAUCUCCAUCCACUCCUCAAUUUAGAAGAAGAAUAUCCAGCAACAGCACUAAACCGACCAUCUCUAAAACCAAAGAGAAAUAUUCAAAAUCAGGAGCCUUCUCUAAACUGUCAUCAUCUGAUCAGACCAAAAUCAGCUCUUUUGCAUUACAAGAAUUGUUUGAACCUCUCAUGACGUUGUCAACCAAUGAGUUUUACAGAAAAGACUGUUUGAGCCUCAUUUGCAAAUUUAUUAACACUUGUCUCAAGUCAUCCAAUCACAACACCACUCUUCAAGAUAACUCUCUCUUCUGGGAAUCUGUAGCCAAGUUUACGAUCAAAACUUUGAAUCAAUGUCUUUCUGUAGAGGGCUCUUCUUCCAUAUCAAGCAUAGAAAACCUAUUAGACUCUCAACAACAUGAGAAUAUCACUGUUCCUGCUUAUUUGAAUGUCUCCGUUCAUGAUUUCAACACCAUGAGCAAAUUUGACACGGUUGUUAUUUCAAAUUGCUUGAAAGUGAUGCUACUUCUUCUCUCUCAUUUACCGUCUGAUCAAGCGACGUUGAAGAGUAUUUUCAUUCGUGAAGGAAUGAUAUCAAGCUUUAAUAGUAUCAGCGCCAUGUCCAAGGAUAGUAUGAACGAGUUAGAGCUGAAUGCUUUUAAGGUGAUUCAAGAGAGCUCUCAACACAUUUUGAAUACCUUCUUCAAGGAUCAAAUUCAUACUACAAGUCAUCACACAGAAGAAGAGAUUCAAUUAGAAAAUUUAUGUAAACGGUUACUGGUAUUGGACGACAAAGCUUUACAAGACAUAAUUUCCUUGUUUCGAUCAGGAUCUAAUAUUUCAGCAUACCAAUUUCAGAAAUGUGGCUUUUCAACCGUGUUUGUGAACAGUCUUCUACAAACUCCAACUGAUCAACAAGGUACGCUUAUUGCAGAAUUUGCAAAACUCGUAUCACAAAAUGCAUCAACAUACUCCAAUCUGAUUGACCUGAGCCAUUCCUUGCUUGAAAAGUUGUCUGAAAAAUUUUUCAAGUUUUUUGAGAAUACUUUCUCAGAGAGCACGAUCAAGAAAUUCGGAAAUACCAUCUACUUGAAUAUUGAAUGCCAUGAUAACAAGAAAAUUGGAGCUUGGGCCAGUUCAGGAAUUCAAGUCGAACCAUUGGCCACUAUCAGAAGUAUUGAAAACUUUAUCAAAAAGCAAGUCCAAUCUUUAUCCAGUGCAAACAUAGAUGUUGAAAUUUACAUUAAUGGAAAGGUAUGCUCAGAUCCUUCUCUGACCUAUUUCGAGGCAAAACUUCGUGCUAUGAAAGAUGAUUCCCUCGUCACUGUGAACGAAUCACUUACUUCUGAAUUUUUUAAUUUGCCAAGUCAUGACAUCAAGUACAAGAUUUUAGAUUGCAAAAAAAAACUGGACAAGUUCUUGGAACACAAAAAAAGCACCAAAUCUUCAUCCGUUGAAAAUUUCUUUACACAAUCGUCUUACAACAUGCAUCAGUUAUUGAAAUGGAUCAAACAAUUCAGCGUUGAAAUGAGCAAUACUUUGGACAAAUCAGAAGCAGCUUCUCAUCUCAUCAACUGUUUAAUAUUUUUGAAGAUACUUUACUCCUUAAAUGAGAGUCAAACUGUUAAUAGUGCAUCUUUUCAAAAUAUGCAACUUUCAAGCAAAUUCAUCAUGCAACAACAAUCAUCACAAUUUCUUGGAAUACUUGUAGCCAUUACCACUCAUACUCUUCCAUCAUGGAUGUACAUCUUAACCAGAUAUUGUGGAUUUCUUCUUCCAUUCUCCACAAGAAGGAAUUUUUUCUCCAAAUGGAGUGGAGCUACUUUGUAUGCCUCUCAACUAUUACAGACACACUCCAAUGCAACAGGUGUAUCAAGCGAAACUAGAAUUGGCAGAAAGAAGAUGGAGCGUGUGAAAAUUGUUGAUCGAGAAUCUAUUGUUUCACAAACAUUGACAGAAAUUCAACCUCUCCACUAUCCAAGCAAAUAUACACUCGAAUUUGAGUAUGAAAAUGAAGCUGGCAUUGGAUUAGGUCCAACUUUAGCUUACUAUGAUUUAAUCUCUAAACAAUUACAAAAGAAGGUCAACAAUCUUUGGAUGGAUGAAUCUGAAGAAGGAGAAUAUGUGACAAGUUCCUUUGGAAUUUUCCCUCAAUUGAGGCAAGAUAGAUUGGCUCUCCCUGAAUCAAAACGAAAAUUAUUUAUUCUAGUUGGAUCGUUGAUUGCAAAAGGUUUGGAGGAUGGUCGUCUUUUAGAUAUGGAAUGUAAUUUACCAAUGUUAGAACUAUUGACCAAUCCAGUGAAAGACCAACUUUCCCUUUAUGAUUAUGCUCAAAUUCAACCUCGUAUUUAUAACUCUUUAAAACAUAUCCUUACAUGUCGGAAUAGAAAACAAUUGUGCAAGGUGGAAGAAAAUCAAGAUGAAUGGAAGAAACUUUCCAAUGAUAUAGAUCAAUUAUGUUUGCAAUUCCAAUUUGGAAAUUACAAUUUGAUUGAGAAUGGAAUGGAUGAGGAUGUCACCAUUCAUAACAUUGAAAAGUAUUGUGAUUAUUUAUCUCGUUAUCUUUGCAAGGAAGGAAUUGAAGAACAGCUCUGGUGUAUAGAAUAUGGUUUUGGUGAAGUGUUAUCAUUCAGCCAUGGAAUUUCAAGUUUGCAAUGCUUCACACCACAAGAACUGUCCAUUCUUAUUAGAGGAUGUGAUGAAUUGUGGAAUAGCCGAGAAACUCUCAUACAAUGUAUUCAAUGUUCACAUGGAUACACGUUUGAAUCUGAAACAAUCAAAUACUUGAUUGAUUGGUUGCUUGAGUUGAAUGCCAAUGAACAGAGAUUGUUCUUACAAUUCACAACUGGAAGCGGUCGAGUGCCUGUUGGCGGUUUGAGGUCAUUACACCCCAAGUUAACGGUAGUGAAAAAGACAGUUGAGUCACCAGAUAAUGAGCUUCCCACUUGCAACACCUGCUUCCAUUAUUUAAAGCUCCCUGCAUACUCAUCACUCGAAGUGUUGAGAGCAAAGAUGGGUGUGGCGAUUCAAAUGGGAGGAGGAAGCUUUGAUUUAUCAUGA